AAAUAUUUGAAGUUUAACGAAACACUGCCUUUUUUGUGACUAAGGCGAGGCCCUUUACUUUUUCCACGAGAGAACUUGAGAAAAGCAUGACGUUUGUGAAGUAAUGCAUGUGGUGAGUGUAUAAAAUGCAAUGCAUCGCCGAACAAGCCUUGCAUGAUUGCAGUGGAGCCUAUCAGGCACUUUGUUCGUUUGAGAGAUUCAAUAAAGCUGGCCUGUAUGACCACAGGCUCUAAUACUCAGCAUCCAAAGAAUCUCAUCUCACUUGAUCCUACCUGAAAAAACCCACAAGAUGCGUCACACAGCUAUCUUGCCUCUCCUCUUGAGUUCUCUCAUCUUGACAACCAAUGCCAAAUUUGGCAAGAGAGUUACAUGUUUUGAUAACAAUGCUACUCCUAAGCUGACUCUCCCCUGGGGUACCUAUGAGGGGAAGCCGUAUGGAGCAGAUGGAGAGACUGUUCUUUUCAACAACGUCCGCUUCGCAAAGCCGCCCGUUGGUAACCUCCGCUUCGCCGCACCCGAAUAUCCUGAUGCCAUACCAGACAGCAGCAAGAUCCAAGAUAGCAGCUGGGGUCCAAACUGUAUUCAGGCAGCUCCUUCAAAGUCCAAACACAUUUUCGAAGACUUCCCUGAACCUCCUUCAAACGAGACCCAAUCCGAAGACUGUCUUUUCCUAGAUGUCUACGUCCCCGCAUGGGUUCUUGAUCCUGAGGCCGGCGAGAAGAUCCCAGUCGUUGUCUGGAUCUUCGGUGGCGCCUACAUUUUUGGCGGGAAGAACACUACGUUUGAUGUAGAAGAUGGUCCACCGUACAACGCAUAUGAUGGAGCAGGCGUUCGUCAAUACACGGACAAUGGUGUCAUUUGGGUGACCGGUAACUACCGACUAGGAGCCUAUGGAUUCCUGGCUGGUGAGUACAUGGAGGAAAAUGCUCAACCGAACGCUGGUCUGCACGAUCAACGACUACUCCUCGACUGGGUCCAGAAAUAUAUCGGUCAGAUCGGCGGUGAUAAGAAUGCGGUCAAUGUGUGGGGACUCUCUGCUGGUGCAGGCUCAAUUCUCCACCACCUGACCGCGUAUGGAGGGACCAAAAAUGAAGCACCUCUCUUCGAAAGGGCUGCUUUAUGGAGUACGGCAUUCCAGUGGUCGUACGAUCGGAGAGGAACUUUGCAGGAAACGUUUGACUCUUUUGCGGAUGCUGCCGGGUGCUCGGAUUCCGAUAAUACUCUCCAAUGCCUGAGAGAUGCGGAAAACAAGACGUUGGCGACGGCUAAUCAGCACAUUGUCAGCGACCGUUUGGUCCAGGGAAUGUUUCCAUUCGGACCGGCUGUCGAUGGCGAUCUGGUGCCAGACCUCCCAGCUAACCUUUUGAAACAAGGAAAACAUAUCAGCAUCAGCUCCAUGAUGCUGGCUCACGAUUUCAACGAAGCUCAAAUGUUCUUAGCCGACUGGGUCCAAACAGAACAGCAAUUCUCGGAAUUCGUGGGGUACGCCUUCCCAGGUAAUGCGCUUGCCAUAGUGAGGAAACUCAUCGAACUGCAAUACCCAUCCUCUGCAUAUGAUGACCAGCAGGCACGCACGAGAGUAUUGUUGCGAGACUCGACAUUUGUUUGCAACAAUUAUCAGCUCUAUGGUGCUUACAAAGGUUCAUCACAAAUCUAUUCUUCACGGUACGAAGUCCCACCUGCUCUUCACGGAUCUGAGUUGUUGCUCCUGGUUUGGAAUCGCGAGGCCAAUAUUGCCGAUCUCCUGAAAGGCAUAGCUUCGAACCUCCCGAAGUACCUCAUCGAUCUCUUAGGUGCAAUUCUGGUCCCCAUUGCCAACAAAUACCAAACGUACUUUGCGGGACAUGCUUUGGCCGGUGAUCCUAACUACCUCCUUGGCGGUCGUUUCGUAAAUUGGGAGGUGACUUCUGACGAUGAAGAAGGAUUGAAAGAUGUGAUGAGGAUUGGGCUACAGUUCAUUAACCCUACGUUCUUUCGUUUGGGAGCGGAUACUCAAGUCUCGAAGGGCAACUGCGAGUUUUGGAACACAAUGGCGCAGUUGGUUGCUGAUGCGGUGAAGACAGAUAGUGUGAGGGGAGAAGAGGGGUCGGUGGCUUUCAAAACGCAGAAUUCCGAGCGCCUGAAAGUUGCAGUUCAAGUUGAAUUGUAAGCACACGAUAAACGGAUGUUGGGACAAGCGAGAUUGACGCAGAUGGGGAUGGGGGAAUGACUUAAGGAUGAUAAAAAGGAAGCUGUCAAGGUUCAUAGUAUUAGUCUUGUAUUGCGAUGUCGAGAAAGGGCUAUUCUUUGUCAUCCUAGUGAGCACGCAUUAUUAUAUGAAAAUCACUCUUCUAUUGUGCCAUGGGA